CAACCUAAAAUUUAGACUCCCGUAUAUUACAUCCUGGAUUAGCUCCAUUGCAUUGAACCAUGCCGCCAAAGAAGAAGCAAGAAGUGAGCAAGAAAACAGAACAGAAGAAGAAGGAAAAGAUAAUUGAGGACAAAACGUUUGGACUGAAGAACAAGAAAGGAAAGAAGCAGCAGCAGUUUAUUAAGAACGUGACACAUCAGGUACAACAUGGAGCUUCAAAGGGAAUAGCAAAGUUGGAGCAAGAGAAGCAUGAUGCAAAGGGUAAGAAGAAAGACGACGACUUGGGUGCAAUAUUUAAACCACUGCAGAGUGUUUCAAAAGGUGCUGAUCCGAAAUCAGUUUUAUGUGUUUUCUUUAAGCAAGGCCAAUGUACAAAGGGUGACAAAUGUAAAUUUUCACAUGAUCUUGCUUUGGAGAGAAAAGGUGAGAAGAAAAGCAUCUAUGCUGACAGCAGAGGAGACGACGACUUAAAAGACGAUAAUAUGGAUACAUGGGACCAAGCAAAGCUGGAAGAUGUUGUACAGAAGAAACACGGAAGCGAACAAGCAAACAGAACAGAAAUAGUUUGCAAAUACUUUCUAGAAGCCGUUGAAAAAGGUCUUUAUGGUUGGUUCUGGGUUUGUCCGAAUGGUGGAGACAAAUGUCUUUAUCGACAUUGUCUUCCACCUGGUUUUAUCCUGAAGAAAGACAAGAAGGCAAUGGAAGAGCAGAAAGAACGGAUUUCUAUAGAAGAACUUAUUGAAUCAGAGAGAGCAAAACUGGGAGUGAAUUUGACUCCUGUGACACUUGAGUCUUUCUUGGAAUGGAAAAAGCGGAAAGUUGAUGAAAAACGAGCAACAGCUGCGAAGAAUUUAGCGAAGAAGAAAGAUGAAUUCAAGCAAGGCAAGAUGUUGGGGGUGACCGGUCGCGAGGUCUUCAUGUUUAAUCCAGAAUUGGUAAAGGAGGAUGAUGACGAGGAUGGAGGUGACGUUGUCGUUUUGACAAAGCAAGACAGUGAUGAGGACAGUGAUGAAGAAGGAAGUACGUCAUCAUCCACUCCAGCACUAGAUCUGACGGACCUCGGUGCUAUAGCAGAAACAGCCACGCCCCUUCUCAAUGCUCAAAUUACUCGUAAACAGACAAACCCUCUACCAACCUCAAAGACAAGAGAACCAGCUCGUCUAUCAGACACAGCAUGUGCUUUAGACAGCGACGAAGGCAUUGCUGCUGCUGCUGCUGCUGCUGUAACUGUAAAUGGAGUUGAAAUUGAUGAGACUUUAUUUCAAUGUGAGGCAUUAGGGGAAUUAGGACUGGAGGACUCUGAUUUAGAAGAUAGUGACGAGGAGGAGGAGCAGCAAUUAUAUGAAAACAAUAUAGGUAAAGAUGAUGACGAUGAUGAUGACAAUGAUUGACAAGAUAACGAUGGCAUUGGAUGUAAGUAAUGGUUGAUAUUGAUGAUUUUAUUGAGUCUAGUUUGAAUAGUUUCGAACGUGUGAUA